UCAACGCUACGCAGCUAGUGGAUUCCCCUAAUCCAAGUCAGAAAAAUACCUCUCAUAUCCUGGAAUGAGAUUCUUGCUUUUGCUAGAUGGACAAAUAGGAAUGCACACAACUUAAAAAACUCAGUUGGAUCAAUUCUGGUAUCUAAUGCAAACCGUGAAUGUUUUUUGGAGAGUUAAUGUGCAGAAGAAUUCAAAUAGGGAGCAAUUACAAUAGAAAAUGGAAUUAGAGGAGAGGGCCCAUAGCUAAACAAAGUAGGAAGCAAUAUCUCUUUUCAAGUCACUGUGAAUAUUGGAUUGUGUCAGGUCUUCCAUCAAACCUAUCCAAGAUUCUAUGCCUCACUGGCUUCCCCACCGCAGUUGGCUUUAUAAAAAGCCAGCUUGAGCAGAUCUAUGGUUUGUGAGCAUCACUCAAAGAAGAAAAGAGAUAGGCCAGGACAGUCAAAGAAAAUUUUGCUUAGAAGUAUCAGGACAUGGGAUUAUCCCUGAAGAACACAGCAUAAUCAAGUUCAACAUUUUAGAGAGUAACAGAUUUGAUCAAGCCAAAGAGGAAAAAAACAAGGCAUCAGGUAAAAAGCACCACUAAUCUUGACUACAAUAAUUAGACUGUUACUGCUUCAACAUCAAGUAUAGAGAUGUAUCAUCAUCAUCAUCAACACCGAGGAAAGAGCGUAAACUCCUCUUCAAGAAUGUCAAUCCCACCCGAAAGAUAUUUGUUCCUGCAAGGUGGGAAUGGCCCUGGAGAUUCUGGACUAGUCCUCUCAACUGAUGCAAAGCCUCGACUAAAAUGGACACCAGAUCUCCAUGAGCGGUUCAUAGAAGCAGUCAAUCAGCUUGGAGGAGCAGACAAAGCUACUCCAAAAACAGUUAUGAAAAUUAUGGGGAUUCCAGGACUUACUUUAUAUCAUCUUAAGAGUCAUCUACAGAAAUACAGGCUCAGCAAGAACCUGCAUGGACAAGCUAUUAGUGGGAGCAGCAAAAUUGGUGCUACUACUGUGGAAAGUGAUAGAAUGUCUGAAGCAAAUGUUAUUCAUAUAAACAAUUUAAGUAUUGGAUCCCAAACAAACAAAAGUUUACACAUCGGUGAAGCACUGCAAAUGCAAAUUGAAGUGCAGAGAAGGUUACAUGAGCAGCUUGAGGUACAACGACAUUUACAGCUUCGCAUAGAGGCUCAAGGAAAAUACCUACAAGCAGUGCUAGAGAAAGCACAGGAGACCCUUGGAAAGCAGAAUUUAGGUACUAUGGGACUUGAAGCAGCCAAAGUUCAACUCUCUGAACUAGUGUCCAAAGUAUCUACUCAAUGCCUGAAUUCAGCAUUUUCAGAGCUGAAAGAACUGCAGAGUCUCUGCCCCCAGCAGAUACAAACAACUCCACCCACAGAUUGUUCAAUGGACAGCUGCCUGACCUCCUGUGAAGGAUCUCAAAAGGAACAAGAAAUACACAAUGCUGGAAUGGGGUUGAGACCCUAUAACGGUAACACUCUCUUGGAGGCAAAAGAAAUGGUGCAAGAUCGCUUGCUACGUCCUACUGAACUCAAGUGGGAUGUACACUUAAAAGAUAAUAAAAUGUUUCUUUCCCCAGUGGGAAACAAUGCAGAAAAGUCCAGCAAUUUAUUGAUGAGAGUUGGACUCCAAGAAGAAAACGGGAACACAAGUAGUAGCUUUACUGAGGGAAGAUUUAAGGGAAGGAGUAAUGAUAACAAUUUCGCCGACCAGACUAACAAGAGGACAGAUUCAGUUAAACUACACAAUGGUAACAUUUCACCAGGAUAUGGAUUGCCUUACUUUGCGACAAAACUAGAUCUCAAUUCCCAUGAAGAAAUUGAUGCCGCUUCAAGUUGCAAACAACUUGACUUGAACGGUUUCAGCUGGAACUGAGAUGGUCCACUGGAAGGUAACAGUAAAUUAACAAUAUCAGAAGAUGAGGCAUCUAAUUCUGAAUUUACAUCAGAGCAGGAGGAAGAUCCACAUGACAAUCUGCUGCAUGCUUGUCCAAGCCAAGCGGCCAGGAAACAAUCAGUUCAAUCUCAAUGAAAUAAGUUGGACCAACACAAGUAGUUUGAACUAAGAACCAUGUAGUGUAAAUGGAUCCAACAUAUGUACUUUUGCUGUCUUCAAUAUCAUUAGAGUUCACAGAUUGUCAGCCC